CCGGGCGGGGCAGUGUUGCGUCCGCUUCUGAUGACAACGAGGACACGCCUCUCACGUCCUGGUACCUAAGCUCCUUUCCUCAGCCUUUCACCUUUCGCGCUUGUUGAGAGUCCGUCCUCUUCCCCGGGCCGCACCACCCAGAGCACUCUGCGCGCUCAAGCCCCGCCCCUUACGGAAGCCGAGGCGGAGGUCCAGAAUCCGGAAGAAAAACAACCCCGAGAGAGUGAUCUAGCCGGGACCUGCUGCCGCAGGGGUGCUGAUCCGGUCAGGCUCUCCCGGGGCAGGGAAACGCGAGUCGGCCGGUCCACCGCGUGGGGACGAUGGCAACUGAAUCGAGAGGAAGGAAGCUGAGGGUUUGUAGCCCCUGUCUGUUCGGCACUCAGCAGUCUGGGGCUUUCUUCGAGUGUUGCUGUGACUAUUCGCUUGAGAUCCGCAAGUCUCUCCUUCCCUUGAACCUCUGAUGGGAUCCAGUGUUAAUGAGAGCUGUUGAUCUAGUUCUGUUGCGUCCCCAAGGCUCAUAUGAAAUCUGGAUGGAGGAUGUUAUCCAACUAUGGCUUUUCCCAAAUCAUACAUGUCGUGACAUGGAAUGUGGCCUCUGAAGCACCUCCUGCAGACCCCGAUGAUCUGCUUCAGCUGAACAACCAGAACCUGAAUCUGGACAUGUAUGUCAUUGGUUUGCAGGAAAUGAACUGUGGAAUCAUGAGCCUCCUUUGUGACACUGCCUUUGAAGACCCAUGGAGCAGUUUCUUCAUGGAUGUGCUUUCCCCUCUCAGCUUCGUCAAGGUCUCGUAUGUCCGCAUGCAGGGGCUCCUCUUACUGGUCUUUGCCAAGUACCAGCAUUUGCCCUUUAUCCAGAUCCUCUCUACUAAAUCCACCCCCACUGGCCUCUUCGGGUACUGGGGGAACAAAGGGGGCGUCAACAUCUGCCUGAAGCUUUACAGCUAUUAUGUCAGCAUCAUCAACUGCCACCUGCCCCCCCACAUGGCCAACAAUGACCAGCGGCUGGAGCAUUUUGACCGGAUCCUAGAGAUGCAGAGUUUUGAGGGACUUGACAUCCCCAACAUCCUGGAUCACGACCUCAUUCUCUGGUUUGGAGACAUGAACUUUCGGAUCGAGGAUUUUGGGUUGCACUUUGUUCAAGAAUCCAUAAAACAUCAGUGCUACAGGGACCUGUGGCAGAAGGAUCAGCUCAGCACUGCCAAGAGAUGUGACUCACUGCUCCGGGAAUUCCAGGAAGGCCCCCUGCUCUUCCCACCCACCUACAAGUUUGAUAAGAACUCUAACAACUAUGACACCAGUGAGAAGAAACGAAAGCCUGCGUGGACCGACCGCAUCCUAUGGAGGUUGAAGCGACAGCCCUCCACUGGCUCCAACACCCUCAGGCUGCCGGACCCCCACUUCUCCCUGUCUCUGAAGAGCUACGUCAGCCAUAUGAUGUAUACCAUCAGUGACCAUAAGCCUGUCACCGGCACCUUUGACUUGGAGCUGAAGCCAUUGGUAUCUGUCCCACUGAUUACCCUGGCGCCUGAGGGCCUGUGGACCGUGGAGGACAUGCUGAUCAGCUACUCCUUCACCCAAGACUUCAUCAGCAGCUUCUGGGACUGGAUUGGACUGUAUAAGGUGGGGUUUCGCCACAUUAAUGACUACGUGUCCUAUGUCUGGGUCAGGGACAACGAGGUCUCCUUCAGCAACGGGCUGAACCAGGUAUAUAUCAACAUUGGUGAUAUCCCUGAGACUGAGGACCAGUUUCUCCUCUGUUAUUAUAGCAACAAUCUACGUUCUGUGGUGGGAAUAAGCAGUCCCUUCAAGCUCCAGCGUCACACCUUCUUGGAGCAGGACCCACUGGGUGAAGCCCAGCCACAGAUCUGAGCUGGGAUGAGAGGGAAUCCAGGGCGGAGGCCAGAGCUGGCAGCCAGCUCUGCUCACCACUGCCAGGAGCACUAGGGGCCCGGCCCAGCCCCUUGAGGAGGCAGCAAGUAUCCUUCACCUCCCAGGGGAAGCUGUGGCCACACUCCUUUGCUCUCUCCAGUCCAGACCUCUGGAAUUGGCCACUUAAAUACAGGUUUCAUUGCUGAGAUCUAAGUGAAACCAGCUAGUUUGUCAACAGAGAAGACCUGGGGACAGUCCACCGGAUGUGGGAAGGACCCUGCAGCCUGCAUCUCAUUUCUUGGUUUUCCCCACAUACACUUCCAGUCCCGCCCAAGCAGGCCUGCCAGGCACAUGCCCCAUCUGGCACAGGCCUGCAUUCUUAUCACGCCAUCCUGGGCCUCAGGCUGCCUGGGAGGUGGAGAUGCUCACAUUUGUACAGGCUCCUUAGACUGGUUGGUGCAAACAGCAUUGGCUUCCAGGAGUCUUGGCAUCUCAUUGCCUAGCCCCCUAAGGGAUGGGCAGAGGGUCUGGGAUCCUUGGUUUUAGCAGAAGCAGUAUGACCAAGUGGGCAGGAUAGAGGGGCCCCUCUACCCAGGCUCUUAGGUUGCGGUUCUGGGCAGAUUGAUGACUAUCCUUCUGCCUGCACUCCCCUGCCCCCAUGGAGUCUGACUGAGGAAGUCCCAGGACCUGAGCAGAGAAUUGGACCCAGGUUCAUUUCUGCUGGUGGGUCAGGCUCCAUGCCCCCAACCUGCCCUCUUGUGAAGGGUUGGCAGGUGGUAGAAGACUAUGGCCACAGCCUUUUCCAGGGUGGUCUUUGCCCACUCAGGCGCAUCUGGCCCUUCCUUUACCUGUAGCCCCUGGUCAAAAACCUGCCCUCCCUCUAGACCACUCUGGGACCUAGAAGUUGGGGGAAGGUAGAGAGGAGAGCUGGAAUCAAGACGUUUUGGAGAAUCUGGUCCUGGGCAUCUUCAGAGAGCAUUCUCCAGGUGCUAUGUGGACUUGGCUGUCCCUGCUCCUACCACUUGACUCCAGCCACUUGUGUCUCAAUGGCCCUUUUCCCAGGAGAAGACACCUCAGAGAGCCUGCUCUCUGACUCAUGCCAAUCCUACAACCUGAGACUGAAGAACACUCUAGUUGCGCUACGUUCCAUAUUCCACCCUGGGAGCUGUGUGUACCAUCAAGAGCUGUUCCCCGGCUUCUGGUGGCCCAUGGCUCUCUGUGUUCUGGGGGAUAAUUAGAAACAUGGCUUUUA